AUGCACCGAACAGGGAACGUGAUUCCGGAGGAGGAGGAGCAACGCAGGUCAGUCUGGGAGAAGAACACGCUGCUGAUCAAGGCCCACAACCUGGAGUAUGAGCAGGGCAUGCACUCCUAUCAGCCGGGCAUGAACCACCUGGGAGACAUGUGGCUGAGAAGACGACCGGCCUGGUGGUUCCUCAGGCCAGACAACAACACCUUCGCUCUCGAUGACAUCGCCACAAAACUGCCCAAGGCUAUCGAUUACCGCCUACUUGGCUACGUCACGCCGGUCAUAAAUCAGGAGGAGGAGGAGCAGCGCAGGUCAGUCUGGGAGAAGAACACGCUGCUGAUCGAGGCCCACAACCUGGAGUAUGAGCAGGGCAUGCACUCCUAUCAGCCGGGCAUGAACCACCUGGGAGACAUGACCGCUGAGGAAGUGGCUGAGAAGAUGACCAGUCUGGUGGUUCCUCAGGCCAGAGAGACCAACAACACCUUCGCUCUCGAUGACAUCGCCACAAAACUGCCCAAGGCCAUCGAUUACCGCCUACUUGGCUUUGUCACGCCGGUCAUAAAUCAGGGACGCUGCGGGUCUUGCUGGGCAUUCAGUGUUUCGGGGGCCAUGGAGGGACUGAUGAAGAGGCAGACGGGCAAGCUGGUCCCCCUCAGCCCCCAGAAUCUGCUGGACUGCAGCAGCAGCUAUGGCAACCUGGGCUGCAACGGUGGCUACCUCUCCAAGACCUUCCGUUACAUCAUCGAGAACAAGGGCAUCGACUCUGACAGCUCCUACCCCUACGAGUCCAGGGAGGGGAAGUGCCGUUACUCGGUACGAGGCAGAGCUGGGUACUGCUGGGGGUUCCAGAUCCUCCGGCGGGGCGACGAGAGGGCACUGCAGGUGGCGGUUGCCAACGUGGGACCCGUUUCUGUGAGCAUCAAUGCCCUGCCAUCCUUCCAAAGCUACAGAGGAGGCGUGUACGAUGACCCCUCGUGCAGCUCAGCGGAGACCAAUCACGCAGUGCUUGUGGUUGGGUAUGGGACGGACAGGGGGAAGGACUUCUGGCUGGUGAAGAACAGCUGGGGAACAGAUUGGGGUGAAAGCGGAUUCGUCCGAAUGGCCAGGAACAGGAAUAACCAGUGUGGAAUUGCUAAUAGGCCCAUGUAUCCCACCAUGUGAAACCAUCAGUGUACCAGACUACGCUAAAGCUAAUCUCAGGCUGUUAAUCACCUCUUAAUCUUAAUUUAGACAACAGAAAGCAAACUGCAUGAAAUAUGCAUAUAUCUACAUCAGAUGGGGGCAAUUCUGGUUAUGGAGGGCCGGUGUGUCUGUGCAGGUCUUUGUUUCCACCAGUUACCCUGCUUAAAUGAGCCAACUGGCUGUAUGCGCCAACACUGGUUUCAUGUGUAGAUUAGAUCACAGCGAAAAGUUUUGUGCAGGGACACAAGAACAGACUUAGGUUGUCAUUCGUGCAUGUAUCAAGAAGCGCAGCUAAAAUGUUAAAUUGGGGUAAAUAUUAGAGCUGAUUAAGUCAUUAAGGCCAGAAGCACAGAAACCGAUACGGCCCUCAUUGCCCACCUCUGAUCUGCAUGCUAAUCGCGAUCUUUAUUGAAAUGUAUUCAUAUCUGCACUUUUUGGAAUUGUUUUAAAGAACUCCGUACUUACAGGUCAAGGUUUUUUAAAUGCAUACAAAUAAACAUUGCUUUUGCAAAAUGUUCAUUGUAAAA